AUGCACCAUAAGCAGGAGACUCUGGCUAAUCAACUCAGGGGCUCGCGUUCGACUGAUCCUCGAAAUCGCGGCGACGGCUCAUCCGCCAAAAACGCUUACUGGACACAGUCAUUGUGGAACAACCCCGACCAGGCCCAGUACGUCGUCAACCACAGGGGACUGCAACCGCCCUAUCAGUGGGUUCGUUGUACUCAGGGAGAGGCUCGGUACGACUUUGACGCCGGCUUCCCUGUGUACCGAGUCCAGGGAGACAGGGCCCGAGUUAUUACGAGCAUGGCCAACAGGAAGUCCAUGGAGAGGGCUCGAGGUGACCCUUUCCAUGACCAGUUCCGUGGCAUUGAGCAGGAGGAACGCGAUCGAGUUGCCCGCCACGAGUCAGUCGGCAACGAGGAGGAGAUCAUGGAGGAUCUCGACGAGGAGUACGAAGGCCAAGACCCGAGUCCCUUCGAUACAGCCAUGUCUCCAUCUCGCAUGGGUAAGUCAAAUCACAUCCGUCUCCUGAAUUCCACUGAAGUCAACCUCAUAGGACCAGGCUCGUUCAGCGGUAACGGCUCCCGCGACCAGACGCCAGUUCUAGGCGCACCGUUCACCCCUCGUCGUCGCGGCACCAAUAUGGUCGUCUCCUCAGGGACAGGGCUUUGGAAGCUCCCCACGUGGUCAAGAACUCGGCAGCUCUCCCCAUAA